AUGAUCCAUGUGUUCCAAUACGGCCUCAACUACCCGAUCCCGCGCGGCUGGCCGACGCCCGAGGUUGGGCAGGGCCCGUACGCUGUGGAGUCGUGGGACGAUGCGGGGGAACGGCGGAAGUGGCGCGGUGUAUAUAUUGUGCUGCACGAGCUCGCCCGGCAGGAACACCCCGUGGUCGAGUUCCGCCUCGACGCAAACGGGCUCAACACGGCCUUGAACUGCCGCAUGUUCGAACGGCCGUGCCAGGAGUACGAUGACUUCGGGGCGCUGCUCGGCCGCCGGGGCUUCCGGUACUUGGAACUGUCGCUUCUGGCGGAUGCAGAGGAUGAGUGA